CCUAACUAUAAAGAUUCCUCGAAUUCUCCAACUCCAAAUGCAAUAAAACCCAUCAAACCACAAUCGAUCAAAUCCCUAAUGGCAGCCACCGCUUCCAUAACCACCGCAGCAGCAGCCACCACCAAACCUCAGUCCUCUUCUUCUUCUCUCCUCAAGCCCUACUCUUCUUCCCAAUUACCCAUUAAAUUCUCCAAAUUUUCAACGUCUCGCGCACCUUCAAGAUUUGCAAUUUCUUGCACUUUGGCCCGAGAGGCUGAGGUUAAAAUGGAGGAAGUGGCGGAUUCUGACCCGGCCCUAUGGCAACGACCUGAUUCUUUUGGUAGGUUUGGUAAAUAUGGCGGGAAAUAUGUACCUGAGACCCUUAUGUAUGCUCUCACUGAGCUUGAAUCUGCUUUCUAUUCCUUCAAGGAUGAUCCUGAAUUUAAGAAAGAAAUAAAUGGAAUUUUGAAAGAUUAUGUUGGAAGGGAAAAUCCUCUUUAUUUUGCUGAGCGGCUUACAGAGCAUUAUAAACGCCCUAGUGGUGAAGGGCCACAUAUUUAUCUCAAGAGGGAAGAUCUUAACCACACAGGUGCUCAUAAGAUUAACAAUGCUGUUGGCCAAGUCUUACUUGCAAAGCGUUUGGGAAAACAGCGCAUAAUUGCUGAAACUGGAGCUGGUCAGCAUGGAGUUGCAACUGCUACAGUCUGUGCGCGGUUUGGUUUGCCAUGUGUUGUUUAUAUGGGCGCACAAGAUAUGGAAAGACAAGCACUAAAUGUUUUCAGGAUGCGUCUUCUUGGGGCUGAGGUGAGAGGAGUUCAUUCUGGUACUGCAACAUUGAAAGAUGCUACAUCAGAAGCUAUACGAGAUUGGGUGACUAAUGUGGAGACAACCCAUUAUAUUUUGGGAUCUGUUGCUGGGCCACAUCCCUUUCCCAUGAUGGUGCGAGAGUUCCAUAGGGUUAUUGGUAUAGAAACAAGAAAACAAGCAUUGGAAAAAUGGGGUGGGAAGCCAGAUGUGCUGGUUGCAUGUGUUGGUGGCGGUUCAAAUGCAAUGGGACUCUUUGAUGAAUUUAUUAAGGACAAGGAUGUGAGGUUGAUCGGUGUGGAGGCUGCAGGUUUAGGCAUAGAUAGCGGCAAGCACGCUGCCACUCUGACCAAAGGAGAAGUAGGGGUGUUGCAUGGAGCUAUGAGCUAUUUGUUACAAGAUGAAGAUGGACAAAUAAUUGAGCCUCAUUCAAUUAGUGCAGGGUUGGACUACCCUGGAGUUGGACCUGAGCACAGUUUCCUGAAAGAUAAAGGACGUGCUGAAUACUAUAGUGUCACAGAUCAAGAAGCAUUGGAUGCAUUCAAGAGAUUAUCGCGAUUAGAGGGCAUAAUUCCUGCUUUGGAGACAUCACAUGCGCUGGCUUAUUUGGAGAAGCUCUGCCCCACUCUCCCGGAUGGAACAAAGGUUGUUCUUAACUGCAGCGGCAGAGGGGAUAAAGAUGUUCAAACUGCCAUCAAGUAUUUGGAGGUUUAAUCGUGUUCGUGGUUCUGUUUAUUUACUUGAUACAGAGGAAUAAUAGGUUAAUGCUAUCUUGGCUAUGGAAAUCUUACAAAUUUUCUCCUUUUUUUUCCUGUAUGAAGAGUUUUGUUGUUGUCAAAUGUGUAGGACCGAACUCCGUUGCUAAAUCAAGUUAUGCAUUUUUGUUUCA